UGCUGUUUAAUAAUAAACUAAAGAGAAAAAAAAGUAGCCAGAUUUACAUUUUCCUGGAUUGGAUUUUGCAGAACAAACUUGUUCAUUACUUCCUUCAAACAAACAGAACUUUCACAGAAUCUUCUCCCUCUUCCAUGGACGAAACCUUCAAACCCUAAUAAUAAUAAUUCACCACUCUUACAUCCUUCAAUCGAUCAUCAUCAUCUUCCUCCACAAUCACUCGAUCUUCAACAAACACUCACACAACCAAUCGAUCCAAAGGGAUACGAGUAUGGGGGCUCUGAUGUCGAAGUUUUGGUUCAUGAUGUUUCCUGCAAAGGAGUACAAGAUCGUGGUUGUUGGAUUGGAUAAUGCGGGGAAAACGACGACGCUUUAUAAGUUGCAUCUUGGUGAAGUUGUUACUACUCAUCCUACUGUUGGUAGUAACGUUGAGGAGCUUGUUUAUAAGAAUAUUCGCUUUGAGGUGUGGGAUCUUGGUGGGCAAGAGAGGCUUCGAACAUCAUGGGCGACAUACUACCGUGGGACCCACGCAGUGAUAGCUGUUAUAGACAGCACGGACAGAGAUAGGAUCUCAAUCAUGAAGGAAGAACUGAUGAGGCUGCUUCCAAAUGAAGACCUGCAAAGUGCAGUAAUUCUGGUAUUUGCAAAUAAACAGGAUCUUAAGGAUGCAAUGACUGCUGCUGAAAUAACCGACGCGCUUUCCCUUCAUAGUAUUAAAAACCAUGAUUGGCACAUUCAACCUUGUUCUGCUCUCACCGGGGACGGUCUUUAUGAUGGUCUCGGGUGGAUUGCUCAGAGAGUUACUGGCAAAGCCACCUAGAAUGAAAAAACCAAAACGCGCUUGUUUGUUUGAUUUUUAACAAAUUUGAAACACAUAGCUUGUAAUGUGUACAAUUUGCUUCUAUUAUUUUUAUAAAAAAACACGGGUUGUGAUGUUUAGGAAUGAUCACUUUGAUCUAUGGAUCAUAUUUCAAUGGAUGGUUGAGAUCUCUCUUUUUUAUGUCUA